CAGGUCAGACUGGACAGGUGAGUUUCGCCUACCUGAGGCGUCACUGCUCUCAGAUCAGUAGUUUUCUUUUGGUUCGACUGUGUUAACCUGUAGUUCUUCUCAAUGUCUGACCUGAGAUCAGUGUGAGAGUGAGGACAAACAGACAAACAGUCAGGAAGGAUGUAGCUGCUUUUAAUCACAGAAACCGACGAAGAAGCACCAGCAGUGUCACAAAGCCUAGGUCCAGAUGUCUUCAGGAGGCGGAGCUUCCAGGUUUGACCGGGUGAGGGAGUACCCAAUCUAUGACCAGGUCCCUGUUGGUUCCUUAUGGAGGGACCAGGACUUCCCUCCGCCCCCGUUGCCUUCACACGGUCCACUCCCUGCUGUCAGCUUAGACCCCCUCCCCCCUCCCCCUCUACCUGAUGAUCCAGCUGUAGGUCCUGACUCCUUCUAUCCCCCCAGUGAUGGCAAGCCGGCGGAGGGUGACAUCGAUGCCAUGGACAUCAAGCCUGUCCGCCGCUUCAUCCCCGACUCUGUCAAGAACUUCUUCCGUGGAAACAGUGGGAACAGCGCCAGCAAGGGCUGGACCAUCCCCCCUUCAGCUGCCCCUGACUCCCCCGCCCCUUCCUCCAGGAACAGCACCCCCUGUAAAACAACAUCAGGAGUCCCCUGCUCCCCUCCCCACUCUGCGCCGCCCUCUCCAUCCCUCCCUGGCUCCUUCAGGGACCCGUUCGGCGGCUCUGGAGGCAGCUACACCUCCCAGAAGGAGCGGGACGGGCUGCUUCUGGGAGCCGAGGCAAUCGAAUCUGCCUCCGCCGUUCCUACUAACCUGUCAGCCCUCACCUACCAGGAGAGGGUGGAGGAGUACCACUUGCGCUAUGCCUACAUGAAGUCAUGGGCGGGGCUUCUGAGGAUCCUGGGCUGCGUGCAGCUGCUCUUGGGGGCCGCCGUGUUUGCCUGCGUCUGUGCCUACGUUCAUAAGGACAAUGAGUGGUUCAAUAUGUUCGGCUACUCUCAGCCCCAGCUGUUUGGAGGACUGGGUGGAGGAGCUGGAGCGUAUGGAUCCGGUGGCGGGUACUACACAGGCCCUAAGACUCCAUUUGUGCUGGUGGUGGCUGGUCUGGCGUGGAUUGUAACCGUCAUCCUGGUAGUUCUGGGGAUGAGCAUGUACUACAGAGCCAUCCUGCUGGACUCGUCCUGGUGGCCGUUCACAGAGUGCUCCAUCAACCUGGUGUUGGCAGUGCUCUACCUGUCUGCAGGGAUUGUUUAUGUGAGGGACACCACCCGAGGGGGGCUCUGCUCCAUGCCCGUCUUCAAUAACGGAAUUAACGGAGCGUUCUGUCGCACUGAGGCUGGGCAGACGGCGGCCAUCGUCUUCAUCUUCAUCACCAUGGUGCUGUACUUCAUCAGUGCAGGCGUGUGUCUUAAGCUGUGGAGGCACGAGGCGUCCAGGAUGAGGAAGGAGGCGCUCGCACAGGAGAUGAACACUAUCGGAUCGUCGGUCCCUCUGUCCAUACUGGGUCCAGGCUCCAGGUUCUCAGAGCAGACCCCCCUCCCCACAAUCCAGCCCGACAUCAUGGACGACGCUAACAGCUCUAUAGCCGUUCCCCUGAUGGCGCCAGAGAUCCUCCGAGGUCACAUCCCCGCUGGUCACAUCCCCAAACCUGUCGUCAUAGCCGACUAUGUGGAUAAGUACCGCGCCAUACGCUCCGACGAGCAGAGGGACCAGUACCGAGCCGUGUUCAACGACCAGUACGCAGAGUACAAGGAGCUUCAUGCCGAGGUCCAGGUUAUGAGCAAGAAGUUUGAAGAGAUGGACGAGAUGCUGCAGAACCUCGCCGCUCAGCCCUCCAGUCAGAUGGAGAAGGAGCGGAUUAAAGGCCUUUUUAUGGAAUAUCAAAGAAAGAAAGCAGAUCCAACAUAUGUGGAGAAAAGGGAAAGGUGUGAGUACCUGAAGAGCAAACUGUCUCAUAUCAAACAGAAGAUUCAGGAGUACAACAAGGUUGCAGACUGGGACGACAACAACGUAAAGUUCCAGUUUCAUGUCAUCAUGCCUAGAAACUCCCAACCCUACAGGUCGAGUGGCGGCAAACAUCACAGCAGCAGACACCGACACAGCGAGUUUGUGUCUAACCCCGCCUUCUCCUACUACUCCGGAGAGAAUCUUUUGCACUACUACCGCUGGACGUCUCCCCCUGGUGUGAUGAAGAUACUGUGCAUUAUCAUCAUCAUCAUGUGUGUGGCUGUGUUUGCGUGUGUGGCCUCCACGCUUGCCUGGGAUUAUGACAUGGGCCUGAUGGGUCUUGGUGGCGGAGGCGGCCUGCUUCCUGGUUACGGCAGUGGCGGCUCGUUUGGCAGCGGAUCAUUUGGCGGCUCUUACGGCGGCACUUAUGGUGGUUCGUACGGCGGGUCUGGAGGUGGUUCUGGUUAUGGUUACGGAGGAUCACAGAUCGAUCCAAAGACUGGAAAAGGUUUCAUUAUCGCCAUCACCGGCAUCACCUUCAUCGCUGUACUCAUCAUCUUCGUCUUGGUCGUUUCCAAGCAAAAUGCUGCCCAGUCACCAAAGUUCUAUCUAGCCGCCAUUGUGAUCUGCGCCAUCCUGGCGUUUCUCAUGAUCAUUGCCACCAUCGUGUACCUGGUGGCCGUGAACCCGACCUCUCAGUCCACAGGCACCAACUACUACAACCCGAUGAUCCAGAUGUGUGCCCAGUUCCAGAGCCAGACCCAGGCCCAGGCCCAGGCCCAGGCCCAGGGCAACUUCUUCAACAAGUACCUGUACCACUACUGCGUGGUCGAGCCACAGGAGGCCGUAGCCAUCGUCCUGGGCUUCCUGGUGUGUGUGGCUCUCAUCAUCCUGCUGGUGUUCGCAGUGAAAACUCGCAACCAAUUAAGGCGCUACGGCCGGGAACGCGUCCUGUGGGAGGAGGUGAAGGUCAUCAGUUCAGUUCCCCACAACAGCAUCGGAGAGUGGGUGAGUAAAGUGUCUGGUGACCCUGAGGUGCCUUUGAACGCCCCUAAUCCUCAUGUCGGGGGGUCCAGAGACUUUCUGAACCAGCUGGACAACAACAAACCUCUCUACCUGCCGGGAGACUCCGAUAUCAGCAGCUCUGUUGGCUUCCUGAAGCCCACACUGAGGGACUAUGACCCCGGCAUGGAGUCUGGAGACGACCUGGAGGAGGAGGAGGACUUCAGUGUUUUGUUUCCUUCCAUCGUGGAUGAACAAGAGCGUCUGAACUACAAACGCGAGUUUGAUCAGGACCAUCAGGAGUACAAGAGUCUGCAGGCCGAGCUGGACGGCAUAAACCAGGACCUGGCAGUGCUGGACCGGGAGCUGGACCGACACGCAGAGGGGAGUCCUCAGUUUCUGGAUGCCAUGGAUGAAUACACCAAACUGAAGAAUCUCAAGAAGUCCCCACAUUACGAGAUUAAGAAGAAGAGGUGUAAAUAUCUCCGUUCCAAACUGUCGCACAUCAAGAGGAAGAUCAGCGAGUUCGACCGCCGACGUUGAACCCUCACCUCACACAAGCCUUCAGCUUCUCACCCCGCUGUCUGAGAAACUGUUGUUUGUUUUCUGAAUCAAGCCCAUCAGAUGAACUGUUUUCCCUAAGAGAGGGCGUGAAGGAAGUGUGGAUUAUUUUUUUAAAUUGUCUCUGAUUAAUUCUUCAAGCCUCUGUGAGUUAUGUGCAGACACAUGUGGGUGUAAAAAUGUAUUUUAUUUGUUUCUUUUAUGAAGUGAAGUGAGAGAGGUGAUGUGUGAUGCUUUAUUUUAGUACUUUGAUGAAGCGCUUUUUGUGCUUCUUUUAUUGCUUUUUAUAAAAAACAUGUGGCCGUUUCAUGUAUGAAGGCACAGCUAAGAGGAGACAUGAAUCUGCAUUGGAAGGAAACCGACCAGCUUGUAAAUAAUGUUUAUUUUAAGCUUUUGAAAACUGUUUGAGAACUGUUUUCUGUAAAUGUGAAACCUCUCUGACCUUUAAUUGUUUCUCACUGUAUAUUCUUCUCAUGAUGGAUAUUAAAUUCUCAUCUCUCUUUUCUACAUCUCUCAAAAGCAAAUGAACAACUCCUCUCCAACCGUGUCAACAUAUUUUAUUGUAAAGCUUUUCUACAUAUUGAGAUCAUACCUGUUGUUUUUUUUCAUCUAAAUUGAUGAUGUAUAUUUUGGUUUAACUGUUUUAAUAUGAUUUGUUUUGGAGAAAGUAGGUAUAAGCUUUAAAUAAAAACACUUAGCUAUCAA